UUUAUAUUUGAUAAUAAUGCAGGUUUGUAUUGCAAUUUUGAUAAUCAGAGAAACGAAAUCAAUAAUUUAUGGCGACCACAAAGAGAGAAGUUGGCACUUCGGUGAAAGAGAAGGGCUCUUCCCCUGCGAAUUUGAAGCCUUCUCCAAGAAAACCUUCCUCUUCGGCUUUAGGUUCAAGUGAAAAACAAGUACCAAACUAUCUCAAGCCCACGAAGUCCUCACGCAUUGAUGUUGCUCUUAAGACUUUAAAGAAACCUGCGACCGAAGACGCCACCCAAAAUCCCACUGUUCUCAGGAGAAGAUCCUUUGAUAGGCCUCCAUCGGCUGCUCGAGCUAACAAGGCACUUGUCUCUCCCGUUCGACCUAAAACGGCAGCAGGAGCAACAUCCUCGUCUUCUUCUGUUACUUCAAAAGCGGCUGCUGCACCCAAGGCACCCUUGGAAAAGGUUGCCAAAAAGCCAAAUGCUCCGGCGAGACCACAGACACAGACGUCAUUUUCGUCUAAGAGCUCGCACAAAUCUCCCUCUACCAAUAGUACUAGGACUAGGAAGGGAUCUUUGACUCCUCCUUCGGCUUCAAGGAAACCUCCGAGCAGUCCUGAUAGAAGGGAAGCAUUGUCUGUUGAAACCGAGCAUAAAAAUAAGGAAAAUUUGGAUCAUCAAGUUGAGCCUGAGGCUGAAGAGGUUGUGAAAGAUGAUCAGGGCCAAGUGGAUGAUACCAAAACACCAAAAGCAGAUCAAGGUGAACUGGAUGAUACCGAAACACCAAGAGCUGAACAAGGUGAAGUGGAUGAUAACGAACCACCAAAAGCUGAAAAAAGUGGCAACACCAAAGAUGAGGCCGUGGAGGUUGACGAAGAUACUACUCAGGUCACAAGUGUGGUUGAUAAAGGAGGAAAAUAUACUGCUGAUAUUUCUAAUCCAGUUUCAGAACAACAAAAUAAAACUGAUAUUUCCAGUCCAGUUUCGGAACAUCAUACCGAUAUUUCUAGUGCAGUUUCGGAACAACAGAAUGAUAUUUCUAGUUCAGUUUCGGAACAACAGAAUGAUAUUUUUAGUGCAGUUUCCGAACAACAAAAUGAACAUGAGCCUCGGCCUCAGCCUCAGACUGAAAAAGUGGAAGAUGGGGUUGAGCAAGUAAAAUCAGAUCACAUUGCUCAACUUGAUGAUGGAGAUAAGGAGAGUCAAAGCCAAGAGGAGAUCAUUGAUGAUGAUAAUCCUCAGCAGGAAAAGACUCAUAAGGAUCAGGAAGAGAACCCUGAAAUUGGACAUGGAGGAGAAGAACAUGCAACUGAAGAGGUGGCUGCAACUAAAGAAGAAAAAGAAGAAAAGCAACCUGAAAAAAGGCAGAAAAAGGAUAAUGAAGGAAGUGUGCAACAGGGACUUGAAUCCAGUAACGAAGAAACAGUUCAAGAAUUAGACGCAGAGACAGAGGUAGAGGAAGAGGCAAAAACAGAGGUAGAGGAAGAGGCAGAAACAGUGGCAAAGGCAGAGCCAGAGGCAGAAAUAGAGGUAAAGGCAGGGGCAGAGCCAAAGGCAGGACCUGAGGCAGAAACAGAGGAAAAUGUAAAGGUAAAGUCAGAGGCAGAAGGGGAGGAAAAGGUAGAGGCAAAGGAAGAGGUAAACGUAGAGGUAAAGACAAAGACAGAGCCAGAGCCAGAGACUACAAAAGUCAUCAGCAAGAGCCAAGUACAAGGAAAGGAGCCUGCAAAACCAUACAAUAAUUUGAUCAAGGAGACAGCCAGUAAACUAGUACAAGAGAGGAGGAACAAGGUGUUAGCACUUGUUGGGGCAUUUCAGACUGUCAUAGAUAAAGAAUCCCUUCGCACCAAAUGAACAUGGUUCUCUUCCAAAACCGGCAGUGAUAUAAAUGAUCUAACGAUGUCCCGAGAUUCACACUCAGUUGCGAUCAACACUUUGUAUGCCACAGCUCAUAGAUUUCUCAUCACCAUCUACACCGCAUGGAGACAUGCCAUUGUUUAUUUUAUUUAAAAUUUUAU